AUGACUUCUUGUGCUGCGGCACGGGCAUCAUCACCAGCUACAGAUGAAUCUGAAUGCAUUGAUAUGCUUCAUCCAAUGAAAUCGGACAACGCUUUGCCUCUGAUUAGCACUACUCCCUCAAUGCCACCAGUGAUCAAAACCACCGACAGGCCAGUGCUAUUGUGUAUAGCUCCAGUACAUAAAUUACAACAUGAAGACGACGCUGAUCAACAUGAAAUGGUUCGUGAUGGCGUUGAGAAAGUUCAGCUGCAUUGA